CGCUCUGCUCUGCUCUGCGCUGCGCUCUUUCUCUCUCUCUCUCUCUCUCUCUCUCUCUCUCUCUCUCUCGCUCAGUCUUCGUGUGUUCUGCUUGCUCCUGUUGCUCUUCCCGGCCCUCUUGAUCGAGCAAGCUUUGCUCUCCAAAGGGUCCAAAACCAUCCACUCUUUAUAAGUCCUUUCAACAAAGAAAAAAGAAGAGGCAUUAUGGGAAUUACCAAGCAGAAUGUGGCCGGCGGCGGCGGGAACAGCUCCGGCGUCGAGGUGAUGCCGGAUAUGUAUUCCGCUUCCUUGUCAAUGUACGCCGCCUCUCUGCAGAAGCCCCCCGUCGCGCCCGCCGCCGGCGGGUUCUUCAAGAUCUCGAGGCGGAAGCUGCUCAAGAACCUCGAGGUCAAUAGCGCCGAGAGGAUCAGCUCCUGGGUCGACUCCAUGAAAGCUUCUUCCCCGACCCAUGUGAAGGCCGCCCCGCGUUCUCUGACCGAGGACCACAGCAGUUCUUGGAUGCUCCACCAUCCUUCGGCUCUGGACAUGUUCGAGCAGAUAAUCGAUGCCUCCCAAGGGAAACAGAUAGUGAUGUUCCUGGACUAUGAUGGGACUCUUUCCCCGAUAGUCGACGACCCCGAUCAAGCUUUCAUGUCCAAAAAGAUGAGGGCCACGGUUAAAAAACUUGCUAGGUGCUUCCCUACUGCUAUAGUGAGCGGAAGAUGCAGGGACAAGGUGUACAGUUUUGUGCGGCUGGGCGAGUUGUACUACGCAGGAAGCCAUGGCAUGGACAUCAAAGGCCCAGCAAAAGGCUCUAAAUACAAGAAGGGUGAUCAAUCCGUUCUCUUUCAACCGGCGAGCGAAUUUCUUCCGAUGAUCGACGAGGUAUACAAAAAACUUGUAGAGAAAACUAAAUCAACACCGGGAGCUAAGGUGGAGAACAAUAAGUUCUGUGUAUCCGUGCAUUUCCGCCGCGUUGAUGAAAAAGAAUGGACUGAAUUGGCACAGCAGGUUAGAUCUGUGAUCAAGGAGUACCCAAAGCUUAGACUGACUCAAGGAAGAAAGGUAUUAGAAAUCCGACCAACCAUCAAGUGGGACAAAGGGAAGGCCCUUGAAUUCUUAUUGGAGUCACUUGGGUUUGCGAAUUGUACCAACGUAUUUCCUGUUUACAUCGGCGAUGAUCGGACCGACGAGGAUGCGUUCAAGAUACUGAGAGAUAGAGGACAAGGUUUUGGGAUUAUUGUCUCCAAAUUCCCAAAGGAGACCAAUGCAUCUUAUUCUUUACAAGAACCUGAAGAGGUCAUGAAUUUUUUACGACGUUUGGUUGAGUGGAAGCGGCUAAAUAUAUGAGGGCAACAAAAAGGUGUAAAUUCACGAGCGGGAAUAUUUGAGAGAUCGCCCCCACAGCCUCAAGAAUUUGUAUAGGCCUAUGGUGUCUUGUUCAUGAUAUCAGAGAAAAGAAAUUGGACAAGAUUAUCUCUAAGUAAAUGUUUUUUUAACUGUCUUUGUCUUGGCUCUAAGGUCUUGUAAAUCUUGUAACAACCUGCUGUACAAGGGAAAAGUUGCCAAUUCAAUCUCUCUCUCUCUCUCUCU